AUGGUGCUCGAGUCGGUGGUCGCGGACCUGCUGAACCGCUUCCUGGGGGACUAUGUGGAGAACCUGAACAAGUCCCAGCUCAAGCUGGGAAUCUGGGGCGGUAAUGUGGCUUUAGAUAAUCUACAGAUAAAGGAAAAUGCUCUGAGCGAAUUGGAUGUUCCUUUUAAAGUCAAGACUGGCCAAAUUGAUAAAUUAACUUUGAAGAUUCCUUGGAAGAACCUUUAUGGAGAAGCAGUUGUUGCAACCCUGGAGGGAUUAUAUCUGCUUGUUGUCCCUGGAGCAAGUAUUAAAUAUGAUGCAGAAAAAGAAGAAAAAUCCUUGCAAGAUAUUAAACGAAGAGAACUAUGCCGAAUUGAAGAAGCCCUUCAAAAAGCAACAGAGAAAGGCGCACAUUCAGGGGAGUUCAUAUAUGGCUUGGAAAACUUUGUUUACAAGGACAUCAAGCCUGGACGUAAACGUAAAAAGCACAAAAAACAUUUUAAGAAACCUUUUAAAGGUCUUGAUCGCUCAAAAGAUAAACCAAAAGAAGCCAAAAAGGAUACGUUUUUGGAAAAACUGGCUGCUCAAGUAAUUAAAAAUGUACAAGUAAAAAUUACAGACAUUCACAUUAAAUAUGAAGAUGAUGUAACUGAUCCAAUGCAACCUCUUUCAUUUGGUGUUACACUGGGAGAACUUAGUCUUUUGACUACAAAUGAACAGUGGACUCCAUGCAUAUUAAAUGAGACAGAAAAAAUUAUUUACAAGCUUAUACGGCUUGAUAGUCUUAGCGCCUACUGGAAUGUAAACUGUAGCAUGUCUUACCAGGGAUCACGGGAACAGAUCUUGAAUCAACUCAAAAGUGAAAUACUUAAAAGUAGCGAUGUAUCUCUAGAUCAUCAAUAUAUUUUCCAGCCAAUUUCAGCCUCUGCAAAACUCUACAUGAAUCCUUAUGCGGAAACAGAACUCAAAACACCUAAGCUUGACUGGAACAUAGAAGUACAAAAUAUUGCCAUUGAACUGACCAAACCUCAGUACUUAAGUAUGAUUGACCUUUUGGAAUCAGUGGAUUAUAUGGUUAGAAAUGCCCCUUACAGGAAAUAUAAGCCUUAUUUACCACUUCAUAACAAUAGCCGACAAUGGUGGAAAUAUGCAAUUGAUUCUGUUCUUGAAGUUCAUAUAAGAAGAUACACACAGAUGUGGUCAUGGAACAACAUAAGAAAGCAUAGGCAGUUGCUUAAGGAUUAUAAAAAUGCCUACAAAAACAAGUUAACACAGGCUAAAGUAUCAGAAGAAAUACAGAAACAAGUUCAGGACUUGGAGAACUCUCUAGAUGUUUUUAACAUAAUUUUAGCAAGGCAACAAGCACAAGUUGAGGUGAUUCGGUCUGGUCAAAAAUUAAGGAAAAAAUCUACUGAUACAGGAGAGAAGCGUGGAGGUUGGUUUAGUGGGUUUUGGAGUAAGAAGGACUCUAAGAAAAAAGAUGAAGAAUCUUUGAUUCCUGAAACAAUUGAUGAUCUUAUGACUUCAGAGGAAAAAGAUAAGCUCUUUACAGCUAUUGGUUAUAGUGAGAGCACCUACAACCUAACUUUACCCAAGCAGUAUGUUGCCCAUAUCAUGACACUGAAGUUAGUAAGCACAUCAGUUACAAUAAGAGAAAACAAAAAUAUCCCAGAAAUACUGAAAAUUCAGAUAAUUGGACUGGGAACGCAAGUAUCUCAGCGACCAGGAGCACAAGCACUUAAACUGGAAGCAAAAUUAGAACACUGGUAUAUAACAGGUCUGAGACAGCAGGACAUUGUACCAUCACUUGUGGCUUCAAUUGGUGAUACUGCAUCAUCCUUGCUUAAAAUUGAAUAUGAAACCAAUCCAGAAAAUAAUAUUGCUGACCAGAGUCUGAUUGUUCAGUCUCAACCCGUAGAGGUUAUAUAUGAUGCUAAAACCAUCAAUGCGGUAGUUGAAUUCUUUCAAUCUAAUAAGGGAUUAGAUCUUGAGCAAAUAACAUCAGCUACGUUGAUGAAGCUGGAAGAAAUUAAAGAGAAAACAGCUACAGGACUUACACACAUUAUUGAAACUCGAAAAGUCCUUGAUUUAAGGAUAAAUUUAAAGCCCUCUUAUUUAAUAGUCCCAAAGACAGGUUUCUACCACGAAAAGUCAGAUCUUCUCAUUUUGGAUUUCGGUACAUUUCGGCUUAACAGUAAAAAUCAAGGUUUACAGAAGACUAGUAAUUCAUCUCUAGAAGAAAUAAUGGAUAAGGCAUAUGACAAGUUUGAUGUUGAAAUAAAAAGUGUGCAGCUACUCUUUGCAAGAGCAGAGGAAAACUGGAAAAGGUGUCGAUUUCAGCAUCCAUCAACUAUGCAUAUAUUGCAACCCAUGGAUAUUCAUGUUGAGUUGGCUAAGGCAAUGGUAGAAAAAGACAUUAGAAUGGCCAGAUUUAAAGCAUCAGGAGGGCUGCCCUUGAUGCAUGUGAGAAUUUCUGACCAGAAGAUGAAAGGUGUGCUUUGUUUGAUUAACAGUAUACCAUUGCCAAAGAAGUCAUUAACACAGUCUCCAGAGAGACAGGUGUCUUCAAUUCCUGUAAUUUCAGAUAGGACAAAAAGCCUACUUAGUACUUCACUGUUGCUGGAUGGAAUAGAAUCAGAGUCUGAUGAUGAGUAUUUUGAUGCAGAAGAUGGAGAAACACAAAGUGUGAAAACUGUGAAAGGAUCAGAACCAAAAAAAGUUAUAGAGGCUCCAAAUGAGGAGCUCAUUACUCUUCUACUAAAGUUUGAAAUUAAAGAGGUGCUUUUAGAAUUUACCAAACAACAGAAAGAAGAAGAUACAAUUCUAGUAUUUAAUGUUAUUCAGUUAGGAACAGAAGCUACAGUAAGAACAUUUGAUUUAGUUGCAGUAUCAUAUUUAAAGAAAAUCAGCUUGGAUUACCAUGAAACUCAAGGAUCCAAAAAGAAGCCUCUUCACUUAAUUAGCUCUUCUGACAAACCUGGAUUAGAUCUUUUAAAAGUGGAGUUUAUUAAGGCUGAUAAGAAUGGACCAAGUUUUCAAACUACUUUUGAAAAAACUGAGCAAACACUUAAGGUGGCUUUUUCAUCUUUAAAUCUGUUGCUACAAACACAAGCUCUUCUCUCUUCUAUUAAUUUCCUGAUGACCAUUAUCCCAUCAGGUGAACAAAACAUAAGUGAUACCAAAGACGUACAAAUUUCAACUGAAAAGCAACAAAAAAGUUCAGCUCUACAGAAAGUGAGUGUAUCCUCUAAGGACAGUGACAUUAUUGACUUCCGGCUGUUUGCCAAAUUGAAUGCUUUCUGUGUCAUUGUUUGUGAUGAGAAGAGCAAUAUUGCUGAAAUCAAGAUUCAAGGACUUGAUUCUUCUCUUUCUCUUCAGUCAAAAAAGCAGUCACUGUUUGCUAGACUGGAAAAUAUUAUUGUCACAGAUGUUGAUCCUAAGACAAUUCAUAAAAAGGCUGUGUCAAUAAUGGGAAAUGAAGUUUUUCGCUUUAACUUGGAUUUGUAUCCAGAUGCUACUGAAGGGGAUUCCUAUACUGACAUGUCCAAAGUGGAUGGUGUGGUGUCACUCAAUGUUGGCUGUAUUCAGAUUGUCUAUCUUCAUAAAUUCCUCAUGUCACUUUUGAACUUCCUGAACAACUUCCAGAUAGCCAAAGAGGCCCUGAGUACUGCCACUGCCCAAGCUGCAGAAAAAGCUGCCACAAGUGUGAAAGAUCUUGCUCAGAGGAGUUUUCGUGUUUCUGUCAAUAUUGAUUUGAAAGCACCAGUCAUAGUUAUACCACAAUCUUCUCUUUCCACAAAUGCAGUUGUGGUAGAUCUUGGGCUAUUCAGAGUUCAAAAUCAAUUUGGUUUGGUGUCUGGUGAAGACUUCUUAAAUCCUCCAGUGAUUGAUAGAAUGGAUGUCCAGCUGACAAAGCUUAAACUUUCUAGGACAGUGAUCCAGCCAGGUGUCUCCCAUCCUGAUAUCCAAUUGUUGCACCCAAUUAAUUUGGAGUUUUCUGUAAAUCGCAAUCUAGCUGCAUCUUGGUACCAUAAGGUGCCUGUUGUAGAAAUUAAAGGACAUCUUGAGUCAAUGAAUGUUAGUCUAAAUCAAGAAGAUCUUAAUCUUCUAUUUAAAAUACUAGCAGAAAAUCUUGGUGAAGCUCCUGCAGACUUAAAUAAAGUAAAACCAAUAAAACAAACAACAGGUGAAAUUAAAAUGCCACUGGAAGUCUCUACAUCACAACAAGACAUAUUUAAUUCACAAGGUGCUUUAAUAGCUGGAGUGGAAGAAAUUAGAUCUGUGGAUAUUAUUAAUAUCCUGCUGAAUUUUGAAAUCAAAGAGGUUGUGAUUACUUUGAUGAAAAAAGCAGAAAAGAAAGUACAACCUUUACAUGAAUUAAAUAUCCUGCAGCUUGGAAUGGAAGCUAGAGUUAAAACAUAUGACUUGACUGUUGAAGCUUACCUAAAAAAAAUUAGCAUGCGAUGUUUUGAGUUCACUGAUUCUAAAGGAGAGCCUCUUCACAUUAUUAACCCUUCUAAUGUAACUGAUGAACCCCUUCUGAAAAUGUUAUUGACAAAGGCAGACAGUGAUGGACCAGAGUUUAAAACUAUUCAUGACAGCACCAAACAAAGAUUGAAGGUUUCAUUUUCAUCCUUAGACUUAGUACUUCAUUUGGAAGCUUUAUUAUCCUUAAUGGAUAUUUUAUCAUCCGUUGUUCCAUCCUCUGAAUCAUCCUCUUCUGACAAGGAAUCUGAGCUGAAAUCAGCUGUGGGGGAGUCCAGAAGUGUCAUCCAAGCUGUAUCCAGCAAUAAAUCGCAAGAUGAUCUAUUUGAUUUAAAGAUCACAGCUGAAUUAAAUGCAUUUAAUAUCUUUAUCUGUGAUCAGAAGUGUAGCAUUGCAGAUAUUAAGAUACAUGGAAUGGAUGUCUCUAUUUCUGUAAAGCCAAAACAGACCGAUGUGUUUGCCAGACUUAAGGAUAUCAUAGUUAACAAUGUUGACUUGUGUUCCAUCCAUAAAAAGGCUGUCUCUAUUUUGGGAGAUGAAGUCUUUAGGUUCCAAAUGACUCUUUAUCCAGGUGCCACAGAAGGAAAAGCCUAUAUGGAUAUAUCUAAAGUAGAUGGCAAACUUAGUCUCAAAGUGGGUUGUAUUCAAAUUGUUUAUGUUCACAAAUUCUUCAUGUCUCUUCUGAACUUCCUCAAUAAUUUCCAGACUGCUAAAGAAGCUUUGAGUGCAGCCACUGUCCAGGCUGCAGAAAGAGCUGCUUCAAGCAUGAAAGACUUGGCUCAAAAGAGUUUCCGCCUCUUGAUGGAUAUCAAUUUGAAAGCACCAGUUAUUAUCAUACCUCAGUCUUCAGUAUCACCUAAUGCUGUUAUAGCAGAUUUGGGCUUAAUCAGAGUUGAGAACAGAUUUAGCUUAGUUUCUAUGGAACAUUACUCUCUUCCUCCAGUCAUUGACAAAAUGAAUAUCCAACUUACUCAGUUGAAACUGUCCAGAACUAUUUUGCAGACUAGCUUGCCACAGCAAGACAUUGAAAUUUUAAAACCAGUAAACAUGCUUUUGUCCAUACAACGAAAUUUGGCAGCAGCGUGGUAUGUACAAAUUCCAGCGAUGGAGAUCAAAGGAAAACUAAAACCUAUGCAAGUUGCAAUCUGUGAAGAUGACUUAACAGUUUUAAUGAAAAUUUUGCUCGAAAAUCUAGGCGAGGCUUCUUCUCAAUCAAGCCCUGUACAAUCUACUCAGGAUGCUAUAAGAGUAAGAAAAGAUGUUCUGAUGACUAGAUCUGAUCACCUCAAAGAACAAGAUUUGACAGACUCAAAAAUUUCUGUGGACCAGAAUGUCUCUCUCCAAUUUGACUUUCACUUCGAAUCUCUUUCCAUUAUCCUUUACAACAAUGUUAUCACUCAGGAAUCCAAACUUUCAUUUCAUAAUGACAAUUUCCGACUUGGUGAACUUAGACUACAUCUUAUGUCUUCCACGGGAAAGAUGUUUAAGGAUGGCUCAAUGAAUGUCAGCAUUAAACUUAAGACAUGUACCCUUGAUGAUCUCAGAGAAGGUAUUGAGAGAGCAACAUCAAGAAUGAUUGACAAGAAGGAUCAUCAAGAAAGCAACAAUUCUAUGAUUGAUAUAAGUUACAAACAAGACAACAGUGGAAGUCAUGUUGAUGCCGUACUUGACAAGCUAUAUGUAUGUGCCAGUGUGGAAUUUCUGAUGACUGUGGCAGAUUUCUUUGUCAAAGCUCUGCCUCAAAGUCCUGAAAAUACCACAAAGGAAGCACAGAUUCCACUACGACAGACUGCCACAGCAAAAAGCAAGAUAGAGAAAGAUGACUCAGUAAGGCCGAAUAUGACCUUAAAAGCCAAAAUCACAGAUCCAGAAGUGGUGUUUGUUGCUAAUCUGACAAAGGCUGAUGCUCCUGCUCUGACAGCCUCAUGCGAGUGUAACCUCUCUCUGUCAACAUCCAAACUUGAACAGAUGAUGGAAGCUUCUGUGAGAGACCUUAAAGUACUUGCUUGUCCUUUUCUCCGAGAAAAGAGAAGAAAAAACAUUACUACAGUCUUACAGCCCUGCUCUUUAUUUAUGGAAAAAUGUACCUGGGCUUCAGGGAAACAGAAUAUAAAUAUUAAGGUCGAAGAAUUUAUAAUUAAGAUUUCACCCAUAAUUCUUAAUACUGUGAUGACAAUUAUGGCUGCUAUGUCUCCAAAAACAAAAGAAGAUGAAUCCAAACAUGCAUUUAAGGAAAUGGAAAGUCUUUGGGGUAUCAAAUCUAUUAGUGAUUUUAACUCUUGGUUUCUUGGUGUUGACACGGCAACAGAAGUAACAGAGAAUUUCAAAGAUAUUCAACAUACAUUGAUAGAGGAAAAUUGUGCUGUUACGGUGGAAUCAGUUCAAGUAACCUUAGAGUGUGGCCUUGGACAUCGAACUGUGCCUUUAUUAUUGGCAGAGUCUAAGAUUUCGGGAAAUAUCAAAAAUUGGACUUCCCUAAUGACUGCUGCUGCUGACAUGACACUAGAGGUUCACUAUUAUAAUGAGAUCCAUGCUGUUUGGGAGCCACUGAUAGAGAGAGUGGCAGGAAAGAGACAAUGGAAUUUAAGACUGCAUGUAAAGAAGAAUCCAGUCCAGGAAAAAGGCUUGAUGCCUGGGGAUGAUUUUAUUUUUCUUCCUGAGCCGCAAACAGCAAUUCAUAUUUCUUCAGGAGAUACAAUGAAUAUAACGAUAUCCAAAAGUUGUCUUAGUGUUUUCAACAACUUAGCAAAAGGUUUUUCAGAGGGCACUGCUUCUACUUUUGAUUACUCUUUAAAAGACAGAGCUCCUUUUACAGUGAAAAAUGCUGUAGGUGUACCUAUUAAGGUGCAGCCCAAUCAUAAUCUCAGAGUAAUGGGUUUUCCUGAGAAAAGUGAAAUUUAUGAUGUUGAUGCUGGCAAGAAUUUGGAAUUGGACUAUGCUAGCAUGGAACCGUCACAUCAUGGGAAACGAUCUAUACUGAGCCGUCAAGAAAGCUCCUUCUUCACCUUGACUUUUGUACCUCAUGGAUAUACAGAAGUUGCAAAAAUCCCUGUUUCCAGGCCUGGACGGCGAUUAUACAAUGUACGGAAUCCCAAUGCCAAUCAUUCUGAUUCAGUGUUGGUACAGAUUGAUGCAACUGAAGGGAAUAAAGUGAUUACCCUUCGCUCUCCUCUGCAGAUUAAAAACCAUUUUUCUAUUGCAUUUAUCAUUUAUAAAUAUGUUAAAAAUGUUAAGCUGUUGGAGCGCAUUGGGGUUGCCAGACCUGAAGAAGAGUUCCAUGUUCCUUUAGACUCAUAUAGAUGUCAAUUGUUUAUUCAGCCAGCUGGUAUAUUAGAGAAUCACUACAAAGAAUCCACCACUUACAUUUCCUGGAGGGAAGAACUUCACAGGAGCACAGAAGUCAGGUGUAUGCUGCAGUGUCCAUCAGUAGAAGUCAGCUUCUUACCUCUCAUAGUGAAUACAGUUGCUCUGCCUGAUGAAUUGAGCUACAUAUGUACACAUGGGGAAGAUUGGGACCCAGCUUACAUUAUUCAUCUUUAUCCUCCCCUCACCUUGAGGAAUCUCCUUCCAUAUUCUCUAAGAUACUUACUUGAGGGAACAGCAGAAAUUCAUGAGCUAGCAGAAGGGAGUACUGCCGAUGUUUUACAUUCAAGAAUCAGUGGAGAAAUAAUGGAAUUAGUCCUGGUGAAAUAUCAGGGCAGAAACUGGAAUGGACAUUUCCGUAUAUGUGAUACUCUUCCCGAAUUCUUUCUUGUGUGUUUCACUUCUGACUCUACAGAAAUAAUGACACUGGAUUUGUCAAUCCAUGUGAGGCGAGUUGGCAGUCAGAUGGUGCUCUCAGUUUUUAGUCCUUAUUGGCUCAUCAACAAGACUUCUCGGGUUCUUCAGUAUCGUUCAGAAGAUACUCAUGUGAAACACCCAGCAGAUUUAAGGGAUAUUAUUUUAUUUUCUUUCAAGAAGAAGAACAUUUUUAGUAAAAAUAAGGUACAAUUGAAAAUUUCAACAAGUGCCUGGUCCAAUAGUUUUUCGUUGGAUACAGUGGGAAGUUACGGGUGUGUGAAGUGUCCUGCCAACAAUAUGGAAUACCUAGUUGGUGUAAGCAUCAAAAUGAGCAGCUUUAAUCUUACACGAAUAGUUACUCUGACACCUUUUUGCACCAUUGUGAACAAGUCAUCAUUAGAACUUGAAGUUGGUGAAAUUUCAUCUGAUGGCUCAAUGCCAACAAAUAAGUGGAACUAUAUUGCUUCUUCAGAGUGCCUUCCAUUUUGGCCUGAAAAUUUGUCAGGCAAACUUUGUGUGAGAGUUGUGGGCUAUGAAGGAUCCUCUAAACCAUUCUUUUAUAACCAACAAGAUAAUGGCACUUUAUUGAGCUUAGAAGAUUUGAAUGGGGGUAUCUUGGUGGAUGUAAACACUGCUGAACAUUCAACUGUCAUAACCUUUUCUGAUUACCAUGAGGGAUCUGCACCUGCUCUAAUAAUAAACCACACCCAGUGGGAUGUCCUCUCAUAUAAACAGAGUGGAUCACAAGAAGAAGUGGUAUUGCUGCCAAGACAAGCUCGACUUUUUGCCUGGGCAGAUCCUACUGGUACCAGAAAAGUUACAUGGACAUAUGCAGCAAAUACUGGAGAGCAUGAUUUGUUAAAGGAUGAAUGUGGACAGUUUCCAUAUGAUGCAAACAUCCAGAUACACUGGGUAUCAUUCCUAGAUGGGCGCCAAAGAGUAUUGCUUUUCACUGAUGAUGUUGCCUUGGUUUCCAAAGCACUGCAAGCAGAAGAAAUGGAACAGGCAGAUCAUGAAAUCACCUUUUCUCUCCACAGUCUUGGGCUUUCACUAGUUAACAAUGAAAACAAACAAGAAGUUUCAUAUAUUGGGAUAACCAGUUCUGGUGUUGUUUGGGAGAUGAAACCAAAACAGAAAUGGAAACCUUUCAGUCAAAAGCAGAUUAUUUUAUUGGAACAAUUCUAUAAGAAACAUCAAGUUUCAAAAGACCGUGGCUGGAUUAAACUAGACAGUAAUUUUGAGGUCAAUUUUGAUAAAGUUCCAAUGGAAAUGCGCCUCCCUAUUCAGUGCCCUAUAAAACGAGAUUUUUUAUCAGGAAUUCAAAUUGAAUUUAAGCAGUCUCCACACCAGAGAAGUUUGAGGGCCAGGUUGUAUUGGCUUCAGGUUGAUAAUCAGUUACCAGGUACAAUGUUCCCUGUUGUAUUUCAUCCAGUGGCCCCUCCAAAAUCUAUUGCUUUGGAUUCAGAACCCAAACCUUUCAUUGAUGUGAGUGUCAUCACAAGAUUUAAUGAGUAUAGUAAAGUCCUACAGUUUAAGUAUUUUAUGGUCCUCAUUCAGGAAAUGGCUUUAAAAGUUGAUCAAGGAUUUCUAGGUGCUAUUAUUGUAUUGUUUACCCCAACAACUGACCCUGAAGCUGAAAAAAAACGGACAAAGUUAAUCCAGCAAGAUAUUGAUGCUCUAAACACAGAACUAAUGGAGACUUCAAUGACUGAUAUGUCAAUUCUUAGUUUCUUUGAACAUUUUCAUAUUUCUCCUGUUAAGUUGCAUUUGAGCCUUUCUUUGGGUUCUGGAGGUGAAGAGUCUGACAAAGAAAAACAGGAAAUGAUUGCACUUCAUUCUGUCAACCUACUAUUGAAAAGCAUAGGUGCUACUCUGACUGAUGUAGAUGACCUCAUAUUUAAACUUGCUUAUUAUGAAAUUCGGUAUCAAUUUUACAAUAGAGAUCAACUCAUGUGGAGUGUUAUUACACAUUACAGCGAACAGUUCUUAAAACAGAUGUAUGUCCUUGUACUGGGCUUAGAUGUGCUUGGAAACCCAUUUGGAUUAAUUAGAGGCCUCUCUGAAGGAGUUGAAGCUUUAUUCUAUGAACCCUUCCAGGGUGCUGUUCAAGGCCCUGAAGAAUUUGCUGAGGGUUUAGUGAUUGGGGUAAGAAGUCUCUUUGGACACACAGUAGGUGGUGCAGCAGGAGUUGUAUCUAGAAUCACUGGUUCUGUCGGAAAAGGUUUGGCAGCAAUUACAAUGGACAAGGAAUAUCAGCAAAAAAGAAGAGAAGAGAUGGGUCGACAGCCUAAAGAUUUUGGAGACAGCCUAGCUAGAGGAGGGAAGGGCUUCCUGCUCUUUUGCUUGGGCUUUUGUUGAAUCCAAAGUUUUAAAAUAUCUUUAUAUAUUCAUUGUCAUUUUGAAGGUGCCAAAAAGGAAGGAGCUGCUGGAUUCUUCAAAGGCAUUGGGAAAGGGCUGGUGGGUGCUGUGGCUCGUCCAACUGGUGGAAUCAUCGAUAUGGCCAGCAGUACCUUCCAAGGGAUUCAGAGGGCAGCAGAAUCAACUGAGGAAGUAUCCAGUCUACGCCCCCCUCGCAUGAUCCAUGAAGAUGGCAUCAUUCGCCCAUAUGACAGACAAGAAUCUGAAGGUUCUGAUUUAUUUGAGCAAGAACUGGAAAUACAGGAGUAAAUGUUUCCUUUACUACUACUUGAUUUCAUCUUUUAAAAUCAAAACAAACUGUGGUAUUAAUCGACUGUCUGAUUUAUUCAGAUUGAGAGUGCAUUUUAAUCAAAUUUUCUUUGCAACUUUCACCUCUAUCUGAAUUUUUAUCAUAGUUAUUUUACUGCAAAGAAAAAUGGGAUAUUCCUGAUAAUCCUGUACAGGAAUAAGACAAUAUAAAAUAUCAAACAAUGCAGGAAAUAACUUUCUUUUGCAUUUAAUGAGUAACUUACUGAGCUAAGAAGCAGACAAAAUUACUAUCAUUUUGAAAUUUUCAUAUUUUAUGGUAUUCAUGUGCAUUUCAAGUGAAGUUGAAAAAAAAUAGGACAGUUAUUACACCUGUUGUGUGUUACUUCUGCUUGUGAAUCCUGAUGAUGGAAUUAUGUAAUUUAAGCUUCACAGGUCACCCUAAAUUUACUCAUGUUAUGGGACUGUUCAAUGGGGCAUAUGUUUUAGUAAUUGAAGUAUCAGUUGCUCUGGGUCUGUCCUUAAAUCUGAAGUAAAAAGUGGCACGUGAAUUUUGAAAAUGUUCCCACAAUCUCUUUCUUCUUUUUUAAUCUUUCAGUGUCCUUGCUAGGUAAAUGGCAAUCAUUUUAUAUUAGGUUCCAUAUAUUCUCAGCCUUUAGCAUUUAUGCUUUUCAAAAAUGGGAUCUCCCUGUUACUUAUGUGUAUUUUACAAGUAUUAGUUUUAGUUAAUUUAAUUGAAAUUGAAGUUGUAAUUACAUGAAUUACUUUUUGACACUUGAAAUUUUUUUU